AUGAUUAAUACAAACAUAACAGCAAUCAAAGAUUUCAUAAUACUUGGAUUUCCAGGACUUGACCCAACAUAUUAUGCACCUGUCUCAACUCUUCUUUUCUUUACCUACUUAGUUAUUGUAGUUGGAAAUAUUUUUAUUCUAAUUGUUGUUGGGGUUGAGAGGCAGCUUUAUAAACCAACAUAUCUGAUUUUCUGUCAUCUGGCAAUGAAUGAUUUGUUAUUCGGGACAGUGACCUUACCAAAAAUGAUAUCCAGAUACUGGUGGGUUGACAAAUUUAUAUCUUUUGAUGCCUGCUUCACUCAGAUGUACUUUGUUCAUUCCUUAGGAGCAAUUCAUUCUCUCCUUCUGCUGAUUAUGGCCCUUGAUCGUUUAUUCGUGUGUUUUCCAUUGAAAUAUCCUGUUCUAAUAACAAACAAGAUUGUUUCUAUGGCUUGUGGGUUUUCGUGGAUUGGGACAUUUCUUAGGAUGUUGGCAGUUGUAUUUCAUGCUCUGACUUUGACUUAUUGUAAUUCUAACAUCAUUGUGCAAUGAUGUGACCACAUAUCAAUUACAAGCCUGGCGGUGGAGAUAUAG